CCGGGGCCUCCGGAAGGGCCAACCUCUCCCCGCUCCUCCGCUCGCAGGAGGCGGGUCUAGGCGGUGUAAAUCGGUGUGAAGUUCAGUCGCGGCCUGGCAGGUUCGGGGAGGAAGAGAAGAAGAAAGGCUUUGUCAUGGCUGCUCUGAGAGCCUGUCGGGUUGGGCGAAGCCUUGUUGCUUGUGGCUUGAGAGCACAAUCCAGUCAUGCUACUGCAACAUCACCAAAAAGCAAAUCGGCGGCUGGUUAUAGCUUUGAUCUUACUGAUGAACAGAAGGAAUUUCAAGCUACAGCUCGUAAAUUUGCUAGAGAAGAAAUCAUACCUGUUGCUUCUCACUAUGAUGUAACUGGAGAGUAUCCUGUUCCUCUCAUUAAAAGAGCAUGGGAGCUUGGCUUGAUGAAUACACACAUACCAGAAAGUUGUGGUGGUCUUGGCCUUGGCACUUUUGAUGCCUGCCUUAUUACUGAAGAAUUGGCUUAUGGAUGUACAGGAGUUCAAACAGCUAUUGAGGCAAAUUCCCUAGGUCAAAUGCCAGUUAUUAUUGGGGGAAAUGAGCAACAGCAGAAAAAAUAUUUAGGAAGAAUGACUGAAGAGCCCCUAAUGUGUGCAUAUUGUGUAACAGAACCUGGUGCAGGCUCUGAUGUAGCAGGUAUAAAGACAAGAGCUGAAAGAAAAGGAGAUGAAUAUAUUGUUAAUGGACAAAAAAUGUGGAUCACCAAUGGUGGCAAAGCUAAUUGGUAUUUUUUAUUGGCACGUUCCAAUCCUGAUCCAAAAGCUCCGGCAAGUAAAGCUUUUACUGGAUUUAUUGUGGAAGCUGACAGCCCUGGAAUACAGAUUGGAAGAAAGGAGCUUAACAUGGGCCAGCGCUGUUCAGAUACGAGAGGGAUUAUUUUUGAGGACGUAAGAGUACCCAAAGAAAAUGUACUUAUUGGUGAAGGAGCUGGCUUUAAAAUUGCCAUGGGAGCUUUUGAUAAAACAAGGCCUCCAGUAGCAGCUGGUGCUGUUGGAUUAGCACAGAGAGCUUUGGAUGAAGCUACAAAAUAUGCUAUGGAAAGAAAAACAUUUGGGAAGGCCAUUGCGGAGCACCAAGCAGUGUCUUUCAUGUUGGCUGAAAUGGCAUUGAAAGUGGAACUGUCUCGCCUGGCCUACCAGAGGGCAGCAUGGGAGGUAGAUGUUGGUCGUAGAAAUACCUAUUAUGCCUCCAUAGCAAAGGCAUACGCUGGAGACAUUGCAAAUCAAGUAGCUGCUGAUGCUGUCCAAAUUUUUGGAGGAAAUGGAUUCAAUAGUGAAUAUCCAGUAGAAAAAUUAAUGAGAGAUGCAAAAAUAUACCAGAUUUAUGAAGGAACAGCUCAAAUUCAGAGAGUAAUUAUAGCGCGUGAACAUAUUGGCAAGUUUAAAGCUUGAGAAUGUCCCUGAUGAACAUUAGCUUGAUUUACAAAUGUUGGGCUUUUUUCCCCCCUGGUAAUUUACUUUUUAAUACUGGACAAAAAUGGCUUCAACAGUGGUAUUGUCAAAACCUAAUACAUGAAAAAGCCAGUCACUUAAUUUCUAGAACUAUUCAAGAGAUUUCAUAUUUUUGUUCAGCUUUAUCAUGACACGGUUAUCUCUGCUCUUUGAAAUCUCUAUAGUGUAUUUAAAGUGCCUUGGAUUUUUGUAAUUGAACAGGUUCACUGACAUAAAUCAGACGAAGAAUUUCAUACCAAAUUGAAGUCUGGAAGCCAUGUGUAAAUUAGAUGUUGUUAGAUCUGUAUCGCAGCAUUACUACAUAUUACAUAUUGACUAGAUUAAAAAAAAUUGUAGAUAAAUUAGUUUUAUUGCCUGCAAUUGGAUUCAUAAAGACUAUAGAAGUUAUUUUUGUUUUACAGAGCAGAAUGAAAUUUAAUGAAAGUUCCUUGCUGAAGGGUGCAAAAAAAAUCUAUCCCAAUUUCCUUUCGCAUGCCUUAACUCCACUGUUUGGAGUCAACUUCAAUUCUCUGGGAUAAAUUUUUGAGGAUGUUGUAAAAGAAGAAGAGAGAUAAUGGUGCCUUAAAUGUUAUGGUAUACCUUGACAGGUAUUCCUUGAUCUAUGAUCACUCAAUCAACAAUUCCAAGUUACAGUGCCAGUUAACGAAUGGUGGUUACAACCAGUUCUUGGAGUUUCGGUCAUCCUAGCACCCUGCUAGUCAUUUGAUUACAAUUUGGGUGCUUGACAACCAGUUCACACUUAUAGCCAGUUGACAUGCAUCUCACAAUCACAAAUGCCACUUGCAAUCUUUCCUGCUGGCUUCUCCAGGCCAAUAGGGAAGCUAGAAGGAAAGAUUGCAAGUUGCUGAACUUAGUGUUUCUUAUCACACAGUCUUUCAGCCUCUCUGCACUCACUUCGCAUUAGCUACUCACCCUCUGAUUCAUACCCCUGUGAAUAUACCCUUACCUGUAUGACACUUUAUGCACUCUCACCAACCCUCAUGGCACCUCCCACAUACUGUUCCUGACCCAUGCAGCAUCCUUCAUGCACCCCCUCACAUCACAUCAUUUGAGAAUGCAAAUUCCUGUUGCAAUUCCUGUUGCAAGGACUAUCUGUACCAGGGGUGUCACGCUGCGGGCCAGAUGCGUCACGCACUAGCCACGCCCACCACCGUUUUAGCAAAGGGGGGGGGAGGUUGCGAUACGUCAGGUGACGAUGCGAGUUUGACAGCCCUGAUCUAUACUCAAAUAUGAUAAAACAUAGCCAUGCAAUGCAAUUUUCUCCUGAAUUACAGUAUUCUUAUGAGCUGUAAUUUCAAAUUACUAGUAAGCCAAAAUUCUAUAUGCCUAAAUAUGACCUUUUUAUUAUAAUGUGUGUAUAUAGUUAUUUUGGUAUUGAAACUGAGAUAUCCGAUUCAUGUUAAUCCUUAUGUGUACUGAAGUAUGUUAACCUGUCUUCUCCCAAAGAGAUGAAAGUUUAUUUAAAUAGCAAAACCAAAUGAACAAGUUUUUAAAAAAAACAUCUUUGGGCAGUGAGCUUGAUUUUAUUUCUCCAAUAAACCAUUAUUUGCUAAUGUUCUUCCCCCGCCUCUUCUCCCACCCUUCACAACCCCUACUUUAAGGGUCCUCAUUUAUUUUUGAGAGAAGUGAAAGAAACCUCCAUCAUACCAGUGUUAAUCUGUUAAAAUAACAUUAGAUUUAUAACAGGAAGACUAAUAUUCAUAAGCAUAAGUUAUAUUUGCAGAGCUAUACAAGCACUGAAAGUAUUUUCUUAUAUAGCCUCUUUGCCUCUAGUCUGGAACAGCCUUUUUCCUGUUCAUUGACGAUCACAACAAUCUAUGCUGAAUUAAGGCUAUUUGGAAGAAAAUUACUAUUGUUUUCUUUUGAAAAAUGCCAUAAAAUCUCCUGAUUGAAAACUUUUUUUUGUACAGUAUUGAUCUAUUGCAUUUGGCCAUGGCGGGAAGGGAAAAAUAACUGUUGCUGCUGAAGAUACUUCUUUUGUAUAGCUUUUCCUCCCCUUGAUGGGAGUUCAAUCUGGGGAAUAUGAACCUUGUGGAAUAACUCAUUCUUUUGAUCAGAUAUCAGUAUGCAACAUUUAUUGUCACCCAGAUCUGAAAAGUGCCCAGGCUAAGUGCAGAUUGUUCACUUUCCCACUUUCUAUUGGCUGUUUGUCUGCCCUACCAAUGAAGCAAUCAUCAGUAUUCCAAUAGCUGCAAUAACUACUAUUGUUGUGAGGGCAGCAACACUGCAGACUUUGAUAUGGAGCCAAAGUAAGGAACACAACUGAGACACCGAUUUUCAGAUGACAUACUUUCCCCCCUUUCCAGAAUAGAAUGGAGAAGGUAACAAUGGUUUUGAAUGACCUCCCCAGUGGUGGUAUUCAACUGGUUCUAUCCAAUUUGGGCGAACCGUUAGUGGUGGCUGUAGGAGGCUCUACCCACCCGCCCGAACAUCACAUCCCAUUUUUGACACUGGGCGUGCUCACAUUUGCAAACUGGUAGCAAAGAUAGGUGAAUACCACCCCUGGUCCUCCCUGUGUAUUCAGUCUGCCUAAUAGUGGAGUGGUAAAGUCCAAAUGCUUCAAAAAUAGUUUUGUCACCUUUUCCAGCCUGAGUGUCAGCAGCUGUUUUUCAGAGAUCCUCAGAAAGCUUUCUUCCAGCUGUGACACAAUUCUGUAUAGCUGUGUCGUGAAAAUCUCACUUAUGAUAGUGAAGAACCUGAAUCUGCUCUUGAACUAAGGCAGGACCUCCCACACUCACAUCUGAUUAUCAUCCCAUUAAUUGAAACACCUGACUAAUUUCACCAUCAAAUGAGGAUGAGGUUUGUAUACUUUUGCCACACAGAAAUAUGUACCUUUGGACCAUUUCCUUCAAUAAAUGAACAAGUCUG